CAUUUACAAACAUCUAUACAUGUUGAUGACGAUGCGCCUCAGAACCAGAUACAACUACCUCCAAGCUCUUUAUCCCUACUAGCACGCCUGUGCCUCAUCAAUCGAUGAAUUCGAACGCCGCUCGCGCGAAACAAGACCUUGCCCGACCGAACAACAGGGAUUCGCCCAAUGCGAAGAGGCAGCAAGAGCUUAAGAGCGAAUUGAAGAAGAUCGGGGAAUUGCAGAGAGGGAGCAUGUCUGGAAGGAACGCCAUCUUCGAAAAGAUGAAGAAGCUCGAUGAGCAGAUUAAAUUCCGGCAGAAUGAGCUCAAGACUGCGAAGGGCCGCAUCAAUUUUCGCACCGUUAAAGAUGUGGACCGGGAGAUCGAUCGCCUCCAAAAACAAGUCGAUACUAGCACCAUGAAGAUAGUGGACGAGAAGAAGGUAUUCUCGGAGAUCAGCAAUCUGCGUAAGGCACGAAAGAAUUUCGCCACGUUUGAUCAGAUGCAAAAGGCGAUCGACGAGUUGAGGGUUCAACAUUCGGAACAGAAGAAGCUACUGGACGACAUAAUGGAUCCGUCAAGCAACAGACGAAUUCAAGCCCAAUACAACCCCUCCAUUGGCAACUUCGAUGAGAAUGGCUUCCGCAGAGUGCCUCGAAAGGUUCCACAGAACGCCCCUCGGAAAAAGAUCCGUCCACAGAGAAGACCAAUCACCGCAGCGACUAUCAUCGGUUGUGGUGCCUUCGCUGUUCCACUAGUCGGAGGAAUGCGCCUGUUCUGUCGUGGGAUCACAUGGCCAUUGAUGUUGACAUCCGUCAUGAGUCUAGCCACCUUCAUCAUGUACGGCUUCGACAAGUACCGAUCUCGCAACUCAGGGUGGCGUGUCCGUGAGACCACUAUGCACUUAUUCGAAAUGCUAGGGGGCUGGCCAGGAGCUCUCCUCGGUCAACAUUAUUUCCAGCACAAAACGAUGAAGAAGGCAUUUCAAGCCCAGUUCUGGAUUAUUGUAGGGAUUCAUCAACUGCUUUGGUUCGCGACCUGGAGGAACGUUUCAUAAGAGCGUACAACAUUAGGCCAGAAGUCUACCUACAUAGAUACGCCACUGCUUGAGCGCCAUUUUGGAAACUAGACACAAGUUUCAGGAGCUUCCCCGUGGGCGGCAUCCUGGCUAGUCUAGUCACAAGGUAGCUUAGAGUUCGCUGCAGGGAUCUCGAAAUCGCGGCUACAUUUUUGAAAGUACUGGGGUACCGCACGUUAUAUCAAACGAGUGUGCACAGACUUGUAGCUUGUCA